UUAUUAUGUGAUGAUAUUCCUUAUCUUUAUGUCUUUCUUGUUUUAAAAAUUUUGAUUAUUCUACGCUUAUUACACAAUAUCCUUCUCAUCCCAACAUGGUUGCAAGGGUGAAAUCAUUUAGAUAUUUCCUUAUUUAAAACAAACAAUUCCAAAUACUUCCUAUGUUCUUUUCGUAGUAUGAUUUAGUUAUUUGCAGAUAAAAUCCAUGAUUUGCAAUCAUAACAUCAUCCCAUUUAAGUGUCGAGCAUUUUAACAUAGCAAAUUCUUUGAAUAAAAUAGAACAAAUUGCAUCCAAGACACCUUUUCCAAUAAACAAGAUUAAGCUCUCCUUUUCUUAUCACAAAGUUUUGCAUUUUUUAUUUUCUUCGUAAUGUAUCACAAAUAUAGUAUGAUCCAUGUUCAACUCCCAGGUUUAAAGAUUUUCUUGGCAUUCAAGAAAAUUCCAUGGUGCCCCUUAAUCUUCUGAAAAUUGGCACAGAUUGAUUUAUUGUAUAUGAGAACAAAUAUCUGUAGUUUUAUUGAAAAUUUAGUCAUAAAGGUUAACAGUUGUGGGGUUGGCUUUUAUUUUUUAUUUUUUAAUCUCAUGACACUAUGGAUUUGAAUGAGAUGCUUCCCUUCAACAUGUCUCAAAUAUGCAGGGACGUUUUGAGUAUGGGUGCUGACUUUAGAGUUUUAGUUGGGAACUCCUUGCAACAUAAGCACUCAGGCUAAUGGAAAAGCCAUUGCUUCUGGCUUGGUUGCCAAGGCCACCACCAGUGCCUUCUAGCAAGAUGGCCUCUGUGCCAGGCAUCUGAGGUUCACUGAACCAAAUGAUUUCUUUGACUGAUGUCUUCUCUUGUACUUAAUGCAGAUAAUAACUGAUAGAAGGGAAUCUCCUUCAGCAAGUAGUAAGCCUCACCACCGAGUAGAUCAAUUUCCUGCCAACUAAACAAAGCAGUUGAGUAAAACAGCCAUUUUAUGCUGAUGAGAUGCUGACGAAGUUGCUGUUUCUGUUGAAUAAGAACACAGCUAUCUCCAAAAGGAAAUUGCCUGACAAAUGGAUUUCUCUGCAAAGAGUAAAGAGCUGAUAGAUGCAUGUACACUUAGCAAGAAAGAUGCUCGAAUUGCGGGGGAUAUUGAGCUUGGACCCAGGAUAUGUCACCGUUAAGCAAAGCAUAUAAAAUCUUGUUGGAAAACAACAGAGAAAUAACAAGCCAAGAGAGUGAAAAUAUAAGUUGGUUUUUUUUUAUUCUACAAACACGUGCAGAGAUAUUUAUACCAGUGCUCGGCCCUAAUGUCCGAAGGGAAAUUUCCAAAAGAGACCAGAGCAAAAAAACAUGGCAUCGCAGCCUCCCCCUGGUGACAACGUUCGUGAAAUGUACAUGGAACUUCUCCGGGUGACAAGCCAGCUGAUGGCGCUAAUUAAUCAGAACCCAGAAGAAGCAAUGUCGAUCUUAAGGGCGUUCCCUGAGUUGGCUAGGGCUUUCUGUCGGGCAAUGUCGAUGCUGCUCAAUGUGGGGCUCCCCCCAUACCUGCCUGUGGAAGUUGAUGAUCAACCUGUAGCUGCUUAUUCUCCGCUACUGCCGCAGCCACCUUUGGGCCCACCAGCAAGGCCAGCUCCCAGGGCUCCACCGCAGGUUCAGCCACCAAGUGCAGCUGCAGCAGAAUCUGUCUUUGAUGCUGGGAAUGUUCAAGGAGAGUCAUCUUCUUCCCCUGAGGAAGAACUGCCUCCACCACCUAGCCAGACACCACCCAAGAGCACUCGAGGUGGAAAGAAAUGAAGGCUUUCGCUGUGAGGGGGAGUACAUCUGCAUCCUUUUGAACAAGCUGCCAUUCAUGUGGAUCCCCCAUAUUGUUCUAAUCUCAGUUGAUAAAACCAUAACUAGACUAUUUUCGUUCUGUUUAUGAUAUGUGUAUGUUGUGAUACCAGUUAUGCUAUCUUUGCUUUCUGAAAUGACUAUGAAUUUUCAUUUAGACUGUUCAUCUUGUUUGUCCAGUGUUUUUUAUUCAUGUUGUCUACAAAGCUUAGAUUGAUGAAUAUUUAUGCUGAUCAGGCACUAACUUAUUAUUACAUCUUGUGGUGAUAGGGAUGCUCUUAGGUCUUGUUUGUUUAUAAUGAUGUGAAGGAAAUGGGAAAGCUUGGGUAAUGGCUAAUGGUUUAUUACAAGGUUAAUGUAGACCCCAACCAAGUUUUAUUCUUUUCACAUGUAAUUUUGUGUGCGCGCGCACUCUCGUGUGUUUUAAAUUUUUAUUUUUGACAAUUCUAUAUAACUUGCUCAGCGGUGUAUUGUGGUUCUAAGUUCUAACUUCUUUGUUUUCUUUUUUCAAUUUUAUGUUUGUAAUUAUUUUUUAAUUUUAAAAAAUUAGUUAUAAUUUAUUCUUCCCAAAUCUUCUUAUUGAGUUUGAUCUAUCUUUUUAUAUGAUUUAUUAGGGAUUCUCAAGAUUGGAUGUAUGGUUUUUCUUUUCAUUUCUUAAUUUUCCUAUUUUGUUUUUUAAAUGAUUUUAUCUUUUUCUUAUCUUUAUUUAUUUUUAAAUUUUUUUUAUAAGCUUUCCUUAAUAAUUUAUUGAUUUGUUAUCCGCUAUUUUUGAUCUUGUCAAUCUUUUUUUUUUUACAUUUAACUCCAUUACCCGAAGGUUUCCCAUAUAUUUAUCCUUGUUUGUGAUUGGGCAGGUUUCCUGUAGGUUUUACUUCUGGGAUUGGGCAGUAAGUUUUUCAUAUGGUUCCCCAUUUGGGUUGGGCAGGUUUACUGUAUGGUGCCCGUUUUGGACUGGUCUCGAUUGUUAUAUGAUUACCAUCAUAUAGGAUUAUGGGGACAGGUCAAAUAGUAAUGAUUCUUUAUAUAUAUAUGUAUUGCAAUAUUUCAGAAAUUUAGGGACUUGAUUGUGCAAAUCGAACAAUGUUCAAUGCUAGUACCAUCUUUGCCCAUUAUCUGAUUGAACAUUCGAGUCCAGUAAAUUGCCUUGACUGAAAUAGAACAAAAUUGCAUCUAAGACACCGCUUAUGAUAAUUGUAUACCAGUUAUGCUAUUUUUACUUUUUAAAAUAACUAUGAAUUUUCUUUUUGGUGGUUAUCUUAUUUGUUCAAUGUUUUUUAAUUUUUUUUUUCAGAGCGUUGAUUGGAAGUAAUUAUGCUGAUCAAGCAUUAACUUGUUAGUAUUAUCUGGGUGUAAAAGAGUUCUUUUAAUUGUUUAUUUAUAAUCUGGUGUAGUGUGAACAUAGGGCAAAACACUUAUAUAAAGUGGAAUUAAGACAGACUUACUGUUAUUUCUUGUGUUUGUUUUGUGAUUUGGUGAAUUUAAUUUUUUUUAAAAAUUGUCAUUCCCCAAGUUCAGUCGGAUUUUGUUUGAAGUCAGUUAACCACAAAUGAGAUCAAUCGAGAAAGUAGAAGAAGCUUCUUAAAAACUAGUAACUUUGAACCAAUAACCAAAGUUAACAACAAAUGGCUGAAUUUUCUUUUAGAUUGUUCGUCUUAUUUGUUGAAUGUUUAUUUAUUUAUUUAUUUAUUUAUGUUGUUCACAUAAAUUAAGAAUAGAACUACUUGUGCUGAUCGACCACUACCUUGUGAAUAGUCGUGGUGCUAUAGAAAUGCUCUUUGGUCUUGCUUGUUUGUCUGUGUUGCAGUGAGUGAAGUUGAAAUCAAGGGUUAGGCACCAUUUCUAUAAAAUGGACUCAACUUAGACUUUGUUACUUGUUUUUAUUUUAUGGUGAGCUAUAUUUAUAAAGUGGAAAAAAAAAAAAUUUCAAAUAAUGCUCAUUCCCCCAGUUUAGAUAUUUUUUUGUUUUUAGGGAGUUAACAGAAAUGUGAAAAUAGUUUCUCACACAUUAAUAGGCAAAAGUUAGAGGAAUGGAACUGCUUAUUGCGAUUUGUUUUAGUUAACCAUUCACCACGGGCAAACACCCUCUUAAUUAAUUAAUGAUUGAAGUAGUCUGUGCUAAGUAUUGAAAACCAUAAAUCUUGGAAGUCCACUAAUCUACUUGUGACGUCUGGUUUAAUACCUAAGUAGACAGUUAAUAUGCACCAUUCAAGGUAUCUGCUAUUAGUUUGGUAUCAUCUAUUGACAUAUCACCACAUAAUUUUCCUUUCUUCUAAUGAUUUCUUAUGUUGCAUGUAGAUUUUCUCAUUCUUUUUUGUUGUCUUUAAUAGCUUUCUCAAUUAUGAUAAUUUGUUAAAAGGGCCUUAAAACAUGCAUCUGGAUGUUUAAUUUAAAAAUAUUAUAUUUUUUUCUUGAUAAGUUGAUUCCAUGAGUUUUUGUCUUAUUCACAUUACUGAUGGUGUAUCACAGUUUCUAACUAUAACUUUUGUUUGUUUUUUCUUUCCCUAUUUUUGGUAAGUUUUUAUCUUGAUUAAGGUUGUAUUUAUCAUAUUCGUCCUGUCCGCUUUCUUAUUGAUUUUUCAUGAUAACUUCUUGAUUUAUCUUUUUGAAUGAUUUAGGAGGUCAGUUGUUCAUCUUUUCCAUUUUCCCAACUUCUUCAAUUUUCUUUUCAUAUUUAUAAGUUAUCAAUUAUUUUCAUCCUUUUCUUAUCUUCUUCAUCAGUCUUUUAAACUUUUGUAAGUAUUUUUAAACUUCCCUAUUUAUUUAUGAUGUUCAUGAUUUUUUGAAUCUUGUUUGUUGUGUUUAUUGCACAGGUAGUUGCUGGCCUCUUAAUACACAGUAGCUAUCUCAUCCACUUAUGAUUGUAGAGGGAAAUUUAACUUCUUAUGUCCAAUUUUGGAGUGCAACUUUGGGAACUCUUUGCAACAUAGAGGAGUACCAAUGGCACCUAGGCUCCAGGAAAAAGCAGUGCUUUCUAACUCAUGCCAGGGCUGCCACCAAUGCUUUCUUGAUGGAUGACCAGUGCCAUGCAUCAGAGGUUCAUUGAGCUAAAUAAUUUCGUUUACUGAUGCAUUCCCUUGUGCUUUUGCAUAUAGCACCUGAAAAGGAGUGAAAUCUCCUUUGGCUGGCCGUUAGAAUUCGGUAAGGUAUUGAAUUAAAAGUUUGAUUUGUACACUUGGUUUCUGUAGUUGUUGCAGUUGUUGUAGUUGAGCUUUGUGUUUUUAUCAAUGCAGAUCUUCUGAUUAGGUUGAUAGAAUGUUAUCUCUGUAUAAGCUAUUUGUUGAAAUGGUCUGGUCUAACAGUGCCAGAUGCUGUACCUUAAUUUUUAAACCAGCCAAAUCGUCUGAGCCCAAAUGCUGAUCCCUUUGUUUGCUGUUGAAUAAGAAUGGCUAUUUCCAUAAUCAAACUAUAGACAAGUCUUUUGCUCUGCAAGGAGUAACGAGCAGAGACAUAUCGUGCAAGAGAUACCGACUUGCUGGACAGAUAUAUUGUCCUGAAGCAAAUCAAACAAAAUUUGUUCAUGUAAGUUGAACUGUAUACCUUAUAUUGAUUUAAGUACAAUGAAUUUUCAAAUAAUGCAGGACAGGCAGCUUUCGUAGACACUGCAGCCAAUGACCGGUGAUACCGUGAUACGGACAUUUUUUAAACACAUUGAUAUCGCUGUGUAUUGUAGAACACACUGAAAGUAUCCAGAUUUUGUGCAUGUUGCAGCAAGCCAUUAUUCAUCAACGGAGCUUUGCUGGGAAAUCAUUAUAAUUUAGAACAUCUGGCAAAGCAUCAUAUUGAGUUGAAUCAAAUUAGCUAUAGAAUCAAUUGAAAAAGAAUGUGUAUUUUUUCUUUUCUUGCAGCUAUAGACUUGUGAUCUGAGAAAGAUUGGCAAAGUAGAAAUGUUUCUAUUGUUGCAGAAGAUUUGUUCCUGGAGAUUGAUUUUUUUA